CUCCUUACCAGUUAGUUACCUCACCUCCUCAGAAAAGUCAAUUAACUUCACGGGUAAUCUCAAGUCAUUCCAGUUCAAAAGUUCACACGCAAAGCUCCACUUUCUUUCUCUCCAGAAAAUUGAGAUAAAGAAGACCAUAAAAGAAAAUUUGUGAAGUCUUUUUAUUCCACCAGCCCCCAACACACGCCAAAGGAAAAUAUAAAUGUCCGAAGCCUCACAUCUUUGCUUUCAGACACCGACACUCACCCAAACAUAUCCAAGAACUUGAUCAGGAAUCCAUUCUCUCAACUUGGGUUCUUGAGAUUCUUCACUCCCUUUCUUUUUCCUUGCCUUAUUAUAGAGGAAAAAGCCUACAAUUCUUUGUUGUUGUUUUCUAUUUUUUCAAUUUUGGCUAUGUCUGUGGAGUCAAGCUCUGGUUCAGGUGAUCAUGGUGGGCAUAAUAUCAACGGGGUUGUCACUAAUGGUGGGAGAUAUGUACAGUACAAUGUGUACGGAAAUCUCUUUGAGGUUUCAAGAAAAUAUGUUCCCCUUAGGCCCGUGGGACGUGGGGCUUAUGGCAUUGUUUGUGCUGCUGUAAACUCGGAGACACGUGAAGAAGUAGCCAUUAAGAAGAUUGGAAAUGCAUUCGACAACAGAAUUGAUGCAAAGAGGACAUUACGGGAAAUAAAACUUCUGCGUCACAUGGAUCAUGAUAAUGUAAUUGCAAUCAAAGACAUCAUACGGCCUCCACAAAAAGAGAAUUUCAAUGAUGUCUACAUUGUUUAUGAACUGAUGGACACUGAUCUUCAUCAGAUUAUCCGGUCCAACCAGCCACUGAACGAUGACCAUUGUCGGUACUUUCUUUACCAAAUUCUGCGUGGACUUAAAUAUGUCCAUUCAGCAAACGUCUUGCACCGUGAUCUGAAACCAAGCAAUCUGCUUCUUAAUGCUAAUUGUGAUCUGAAAAUUGGAGAUUUUGGUCUUGCAAGGACAACAUCAGAGACUGAUUUCAUGACUGAGUAUGUUGUUACUCGCUGGUAUCGAGCACCAGAACUGCUCCUAAAUUGUUCAGAGUACACUGCUGCAAUUGAUAUCUGGUCCGUAGGUUGCAUACUUGGUGAAAUCAUGACAAGACAACCUCUAUUUCCUGGCAGAGAUUAUGUUCAUCAGUUGAGACUUAUUACAGAGCUCAUAGGCUCUCCAGACGAUGCUAGUCUUGGGUUUUUAAGGAGUGACAACGCCCGAAGAUAUGUUAGGCAGCUUCCACAGUACCCGAGGCAACAAUUUUCUGCCAGGUUUCCAAACUCUUCUGCUGGAGCUGUCGAUUUAUUAGAGAAAAUGCUCGUUUUUGACCCACACAGGCGUAUUACAGUUGAUGAGGCUCUCUGCCAUCCGUACUUGGCGCCCCUCCAUGAUAUCAACGAGGAGCCCGUUUGCGCUCGGCCUUUUGUUUUCGACUUUGAGCAGCCAUCGUUUACUGAAGAAAAUAUCAAGGAACUCAUCUGGAGGGAAUCCGUAAGGUUCAAUCCGGACCCGACUUAUUGAGGAAUGUAAGUAUUUGAUGUACACCACCAUGAUACUGUCUGACAUCUGUAGAAACCUGUAUUGAUGAACUCAUCAAAGGCCCCUCAAGGAAACGAGAAAUAAUUGUAGUGGAGACACGUCGGGAAAUAUAAAGAUUGUUCAUAGGUUGCAGCUGCAUUUUUAUUUAGCUCUACGAUCUUUGCAGUUAAUAUUGUUGUACAAAAGAGCUUAAGUAACAUUAUGUUCGCUAGAGGAUUCUCUUUUCCAGUAGAAUGUGUGAUGUUCCAAUCACUAACUGGUCAGUUGUAAUUUUUGAGUGAUGAUAUUAAGAUUUCUCAUUUGGGGCGAGUUUA